AGUAACCUAACCUGCAGCACAGUUUUAUUACAGCUAUUUAAAUAUUUACAUUAUAAUUACAAUUAUUGUUUAUUUCUACAUUUAAAUAAGUUGUAUAGAACCAAAAAGUGGUAUGGAGCCACAAAAGGCAUCAGAUGCAGUUUUGAAAAAGAGUCUAGACAUUUCGUCCGAAAAUCCAACUGUAAAAGGUUAUGAUUGGAACAAUGGAAUUGACUAUGGMCAGUUACUGUCCGUCUAUCGGUAUUCUGGAUUCCAGGCUACGAAUUUUGGAUUAUCUGUCGAACAGAUAAAUAAAAUGUUAGAUGAACGAGAAAAACCAUUUGAAGAAGAUAUUCAUGAAGAAGACGAAUUUAUCAAACGCCGUUCAAAUUGCACAAUGUUCCUUGGUUAUACGUCAAAUAUGGUUUCAUGUGGUAAUCGUGACGCAAUACGCUUUGUUGUCCAACAUAAAAUGGUCGACUGUAUAGUGACAACUGCUGGAGGUGUAGAGGAAGACCUAAUAAAAUGUUUGGCUCCUACAUUUAUAGGAGAUUUUCAAUUAAAAGGUAGCACUCUCCGUGAAGAUGGCAUCAACAGAAUUGGCAAUUUAUUAGUUCCAAACAAUAACUACUGUAAAUUUGAGAAUUGGGUCAUGCCUAUCUUAGACAAGUUGCUCGAAGAACAAAAUAUUUCUUGGACUCCAUCUACAAUAAUUGAAAGAUUAGGUUUAGAAAUAAAUGAUGAACAGUCGAUAUGCUAUUGGGCUGCUAAGAAUAAGAUCCCUAUAUUUUGUCCAGCAUUAACAGAUGGUAGCUUAGGAGAUAUGAUGUACUUUCAUUCCUUUAGAAAUCCUGGUCUUAUAAUUGAUAUAUUAAAAGAUUUGAGAAGAUUGAACACRAUKGCGGUAAAAGCAGCUAAUAGUGGAAUGAUUAUAAUAGGAGGUGGAGUGAUAAAACAUCACAUUUGCAAUGCCAAUUUGAUGAGAAAUGGUGCUGAUUAUGCUGUUUAUUUGAAUACUGCAUCAGAAUAUGAUGGCAGUGAUUCUGGAGCUCGACCGGAUGAAGCUGUUUCAUGGGGUAAAAUAAGAGCAGAUGCUUCGCCAGUGAAAGUAAUAUUUGUGCAUUGA